AUGAAAAUAUCUGCUAGCGCUUCUACCAACGUGUACAUCGACAAAAACAAUCCAGUACAUCAUCCACUUAACGGUAGCCGCGGUAAGAAACUCAUGGAGAAGAUCUUUUUUCUUCAGCAGUGCAAUCGGGAGGACACUGACUGCAACUCACUUCUUGCUCUCAUUAUGUUAUCUCUAACUCACCGUUUUCAGCUUGUUCGAUUGGGAAGUCGUAGCUUAUUGUGUGCUCGUGAUAUCGUAGCCGAAGCUGCUCUACGUGGUCAAGCUCAGUUGGUAAAUCAGCUGCAGAGGUCGUACAGUGCUGGUGACGUUAAUCGCGACCGUGAGAAUGAACCUCGGAAGCGUAUCCAGGUUGAAGGAAUACAGGAGAUUGACGACGAAGACGCUGAGCACGAGAGGUCGAUGGGCCAGCGUUAUGAAUCAGGCGAUGAGGAGCCACAUCGUCGCCGUAAGAAUCGUUCACGUUCUGGAUCAAGAUCACGUACGUUAGAAGGAGGAGAGAACACAUACAACACGAUGCCUCGGAGGAGUCAACGCCGACAUAUGUGA